AAAGGGUUUUGGGCGGGCGUCGAGGCUGAGAGGAGGUUUUAGGCGCCUUUCUGGAGUCGCUCCGCGUGAGAGCGGUCGAGGGGUCGGUCGGUCGGGGGGGGAGAAAGAAUCGCCUUUUUUUGGGGAGGAGAGGGGGAAAUCGCCGCCUGCGCUGCCUGCGACCCACUGGGGGGGAUCAGCCCCCCCCUCACACCAUGUUACUGCCCUCCGACGUGGCCCGCCUGGUCCUAGGAUAUUUGCAACAAGAAAAGCUACUAGCAACCUGCAGAGCAUUUAUAUUGGAAAGUUCAGAUUUGAAAGAAUAUGCAGAGCACUACACUGGGGAAGGAUUUGUUCCAGCUUGUUUAUUGUCUCUGUUUGGAAAAAACCUGAACACCAUACUCAAUGAGUAUAUAGCGAUGAAAUCAAAAGAGGCAACAAACGAUGUUCCAGCAAUGAUGUCAUCUUUAUGGAAAAAGUUGGACUACACUCUUUCCCAAAUCAGGAGCAUGCAGAAUUCUUGCGGAUUUGUUGCUCAUCAGCGGAGUCGCACAAGGAGUGCAAUUGCAGAUAUGAAAAAGCAGAAAUGUCUUCAGCAGCCUGCGUCUUCAAAUUUAGGGACAUCCUCUGCACUCCAUCAGCCAGUUCCAGUGAAUUCUACUCCAAUGACCGCUGCACAAGUUAUUCUGAAACCAAUAAUGACUCCAAGUCCAGCUCAGAAAAGAUCAAAAUCAUCAUUGGCACAUCACGGCCAAGUUCAGGAAAAAGUCAUUAAUGGAGAUUCUGUCAGCCUGAUUUCCACGCUCCAAGAACAGAAGCUGCAAUCAAGUGUAGAAUUCUAUGGUUAAAGGAAAAGUGACUCCCAGAAGAAAAAAAAUCUUGUACUAGCUGGUCCACAAUCAUCUGACUGUGGCUUACAGGAUUCUCUGGCAGUAGAAGAAGGAAGUCCACCAAUGGAGGAAGAAAGCGAGCAGCUAGAACUUAUUCAGAGUGACCUUCCUCAAAUGAUUAUUGAAAAUGCCAGAGAGAAGAUUCUGAGCAACAAAUGUCUUCAGGAGAAACUAGCUGAAAACAUUAACAAAUUCUUGGGCAGUGAUGGCAGUAUUUCUCAGUCGGCAAAGCAAGCAGAGAGCGGCCCGGCAAUACAGGAGUCUUCAAUUGAUGAAUUCCUUGAUCUUCAACAGGGUGAAAUUCACAUGACUGAAGAAGCCAUACAGGAGAUUCUGGAGCAAACAGAGUCAGACCCUGCAUUUCAAGGGCUCUUUGAUAUAUUUGAUUUUGGUAAAACCAAAUGUAGUAAAAAUGCUUCUCAUGGUAUUUCCACACAUGGUGGCGGAGUUGAAAGUGGAAUUUUGGUGUCUGAAGAAAAUCUGGAAGCACUUGAAAGCUAUAUCACAACAACAAAACUUGGUGAUAAUUCCCAAGGAUGAUUGUCAUACACAGAAGACCAUUCAAAAGAAGCAUGUGUCCCGAAGCCAGGUUGCAGUGGCAGUGAUCUUACCUUGGAGGAACAUCUGAAGAUGCAAACAGUAGUCGUUGGGGAAUUUCCCGUGGGCUCUAAAUUAAGAGGGGAAAGUAAUUCCGUUGAAAGAGACACUGCUGAACACACAAAUACUUUUGAAUCUGAGCCAAAUCAGGUCUCUGGCUCACAGUUCAGUGGACACAGCAUAGGAUCUUACAACCAACAAGGAGCAGCAUCAACAAUCUGUAGAUCAGAAAAAGACCUACCAUGUCAGGAUUCUCAAAAUUUAGCUGAUCUGCAGUAUGAUCCUUUAGGUGUUCCACAGACAUCACAAUCUGGUAGUGCUGAGUGUUACCCACUGCCAAAUAGUAUACUAUCUGAGAAAAACAGUGCAAAAUUGCUAACUCCUCUAAGACUUGAUCACACUGAAGUGGUCAGUGGGGCAGACAUGGUGAGCUCUAACCAUUCUCCACAAUCGGAUAAAGAUCUGGGACCAGGUAAAGAACAGUCACCUGUGUUUCCCACACUUGGCCAGCAAAACGUCCAUAGUCCUCCUCUCUCUCCUUGUCAAGGACAGGACAAAUUUGCGUCAGAUUCUGCCAUAAUACUUGUGAAUGGAUCCACACCAAAUGCAAUAGAGCUGCAGCUUGAAGUAGCAGAUACCUCCAAUAGUGUUCAUUCCGACAAUCAGUCUGUGCACCCAGAACAAUGUUCAGAAGGCCAUAAACAGAAAUCUGAGGUCUCGGUGAUCACACAGAUGGAAAUACAAGAGCCAUCAUCUUCUACAAAAACAGAUGCUGACUGUGUGUUUCCGGCUUCUGACAGUGAGGGGAAUACAGAGCCACCUACUGAAAGCAGCUGCACCGCCACUAUGGUAUGUCAUUCUCCUUCCCCACCAGAGCCAGUGGGGGAGUUAAGUCCGGGGAACAAAGUUGCUGCUAGCGUUUCAUCGAGCAGUCAUUCCACAAGUGAAGACCCCUCUAGCAUAGUUUCCCUAAAAAUCAUUAUCAGUGAUGACCCAUUCAUUUCAACAGACACAGAACUGAACAAUGCUGUGUCCAGCAUCACUGGAGACAAUUUGCCAACUAUAAUACUGUCUUCUCCAGCUAAAUCACCAGUCAAAAUAGAAGGAUCAUCCAGUUGCACAACUUCAGAAGAGGUUGAGAGGACUGGGGAUACAGCUUCAGUAGAACAGAAUCUUCUUGUCCUCAGACCUCAAGACUCUGUUGUGAGUACACUCAAUGUACAGAAUGAGGACUGCACUGUUUUUUCUAUUUCUGGAGCAACAAAUGUUGCCAAGGAUGGGGGAUUUAUACAGCUAAUGCCAGGUACAAGUACAUCUUUUAACAGCACCAACAGUGUCUAUAUUGCCACCUGUGUAACGGAACCAACAGCUCUGAGUACAAGUGCUACACCACCAAAUUUGGUUGUGUUGCCUGGAAGUUCAACAUCUCUUGCAUCACAGAUGCCAACAGCACAGCAGUUACGGACUCCACCUAGAACAAACAACUUGUUUGCCUUGAAUUCACCAGUGUCUCCAAACUUCUCACAGGGUUCUGCAAUUAUAAUUGCAUCUCCGGUACAGCCUGUGUUGCAGGGCAUGGUGGGAAUGAUUCCAGUAUCUAUCAUGGGACAAAGUGGAAAUACAUUCUCAGAUCCGUCACGGCAGGUCCUGCACAUGCCAUUACAGCCAUCUUUAGGCAGCGGAGGCAUUCCUAAAUUACCUCUCCCUCCCAAAUCACAGAGGAUCCCAAGAAAUAAGUCAAGUGCAGGAAAGCUGAUGCCAAAUGGAUCAGAGCCUGUGAAUCGUCCUAUUUCUCGAGUACAAAGAAUUGGAACCGCAGACAAGAACGCCAGUGGAGAUGUGAAAAAGAAACCUGACACCCUUGCCAUUGAUGCCACUAGCUCCAGUCCCAAACAGAGCGAGAGCCACAGACGAGUGCUUUGCUUUGACAACACCCUUAGUACUCCAAUAGGAGGCACACAAGCAUCGCAUAAAGAAAAGAAUGAAAGCCCUUCAGUCCCAGGAAAUUCUUCCAAUACUGUGUUUUCACCUACUAAAGUUCAGUCCAGCAAGAGGGAACGCGAGAGGACUUUGCCCAGGAUUCUAUGUAAGCCUGAUAUUACUAACAGAAACUUGGCUAUGAAGGAGGCCCAACUGGAGAGGAAGAAUUUAGGUCCAGGACUGGCAUCAGAUGUGUUAAGAAAGCAGACUGCAAAUAAAGAGAAUGAACUCGAAAGGGGUCUUGACAAAAGCCCCAAAAAUCAGGAGGUGGCCACCUUAUCUAGUGGCCAACAAAAUAGUAUUCUUCACAAUGAGAAGAACAGCUCCUCAGCUCAAGAGCUAACUAAAAAACAAGGGCUCCAGUCAAACACAAACAGCAAAAAUGCGGGAGUCAUGCCUGCCAAGGAAUCCAAAAAAGACCAAACAAAAUCUCCCAACCAAACCCAUUCGUUGACAAGUCCAUUGACUAAGCAAGCUGUGGAAAUGCUGCAUGACAUUCAGAGGCACAGCCCUAGUAGUAAACUCCCUGAAUGUGGGGAUUUGCCAGUGCCUCGUACACCUUCAGGAACAGGUGACCGACACUCAGAGGAUACCUUUGAUGUAAUGAGGACACCAACGUGCCGGCGCUACAGUGAAGAGAAUGCAACCCCGAGAAUCAUGGUCCCUCCGGCUACUCCUGACAUGCCGGCAUGCAGUCCAGCGAGUGAAACAGGCAGUGAAAACAGCGUUAGCAUGGCUGCCCAUACUUUGAUGAUACUUUCCCGGGCUGCUAUUGCAAGGACUAGUACAGCCACUCCUCUGAAAGACAAUACACAACAGUUUAAGCCUUUAAGAAGUGCAGCCAAAAAAAGGAAGCAGGAUGAUUUGGUUGAAUGUGAAAGGAAUUCCCGUACAGCCAGUAAGAAAGAUCUUCAGAAUUUUACAAUGCCGAUAAAAAAGAAAAAAGUGAAGCAGAAGAAGCUACCAAUUGCUUUUCCUGCUGGCAUGGAUGUGGAUAAGUUCUUGUUAUCUUUGCAUUAUGACGAAUAAAUAGGAAUGUAUAUUCGAAACUAAGUACUCUGUAGCAAGUACCAAGAGGAAGAGAGAAGAACAGAAGAUUAAGUGGCAUACUCAGUGCACUGAAAUUCAUCUUCAUGUGAGAAACGUCACACUGGUUCUGGAGAAAAGUUAGUGGAUCUAAUUUUGAGAGAGCACUUAAUUGGCCCUAUACCGAAUUUGCACAAUUGUAUUUCAUUGGAUGAUGUAAAUAUUGUACAGAGUUGGGAGUUGUAAACAAAAAGAUACUUUUAUUAAUACUAGUUGUUGGCUGUUUUCUGCCAAAAUGUGCAUAUUAACUGUUCAGACCUCUUUUUCAUACUGUCAAACACCCAAUAAUCCUAAAUACACCAAGAAGUAAGUUCCAUUGUAAAGUACAGCUUGCAUUCAAAUGAUUGUGCUUGGAAUGACAUAGGGCAGGAGGAUUCUGACCAAGCUUGAGAAAGUUGGCUUUAUUGAAGAGAUAAGGCUUAAUUAUUGGCUUAAGUCUUAAAGGGAUAGCUAGUUUUCUUCUAAAUAUGGCUGCCCUGUUCAUUUUGUAUGUAGGAUUUUUCUACAUUCAAUCCUGCUUGUCUUUCCCAAAUUGCAAGUUUGUCACAAUAAAGGGUUUUCAACUUUUAGAAAGUAACA